GUUUCUUAUGAUAUACUGUUUUCAAAGAUCAUCAGACUUUGUGCCCACCUCGAUGAAGAGUAUUCCAAGUUAGAACGCGGAUGAAGUGCACGGUGUGCAGAGUGCAGCGCCGAAGCGGUCGGUCGGCUGCAUAUAAUAUGAGCACUAUGCUAUAUAAGCCACACCAGAUCCGAUCAGCUGGCCCCUGCGCCGACUCCGACGCCGACGCUGGCAGAGGCAGAGGCAGUGACUUCGACUGCGACUGCGACUGCGGCCAGUUUUAUGAAUGAACGAGUGCAACUGCAACGGAAAAAGAGACGGGUGGAAGCGGCUUGUGAAUGGCAACGCGGGAUCGAACUAUUGUAAUUACUACGAGAUUAUGCAAAAUGCAUAUGCAAUUAGUGGCAACUCCCCUCCGCCCCUUCAUCUCUGCAAUUCUGAGUCAUGGGGCAACUGGUUUGACUUGACUGGCGGCCUGAGAACCUCAAAAGCUGAACACCGAACACUGAACAUGCCGAGAACAAGUACAACUUCGAGUACCCGCACUCAGUACUCAGUACUCGGUACUCGGUACUCCAGCAUGAACUCAUGUGAUUGGAAUUUCUGAGCCGUUGCCGUUGCCGAUGACGAACCACGAGUCGAACAGAAGCUCUAGAAGAUUGUCGCUCUAAUGUCGCCGAGAUGCAGAUGCAGAUGCACUUGCCUUGCCUUGCCUCGAAUCAAAACGAAACGAAACGAAUCAAAUCCAAUCGAAUCGAAUGGAGUGGAGUGGAGUGGAGUCGAGUCGAAUCACACACAUAAAUCCAGCGACGAGCCAUUGUCCCUCGUUUGUCCAACAUGCACAUUCCACUCUUUGAAAAGCGAUCAAUGCCAAGUCAAUAAUGAAACGAUGCCGAUCGGCCGCGGAGGAGAAUAUAAAUUUCUGGCCUAUCAGUUGGCUCCGUAAAAGACCAGGGUACCCGGGUACCAGGGCACCGAAAACACUGAUAAUAAUGUCGCCUGCGAGAAAUUCCUUUAGCGGCAUUUAGGGCCACUUAAUUAUGACCCCCCCGCGUGCCUUCGCCGUCGCCAUCGCCUUCGCUCGGAAAGCAAAGAAGGGCCCAAUCCUAAAUUCCUGGAAUUUCGACUUUGGCUCUUGUUAAAUAACCAACUGCUGUAUUUGUUCAUGUCGCCGGCCCUUCACUCGGAGAAAAUGGGGCAUGCAUUUCGGGAAAUGCGUUUGGAAUGCAUUUCGAAGAGGUCAUCACUACGCGAUUCAAGGCAUUUAAUAUUUCCCAAGGGAAGAACAUAACUGAAAGUUGAAUGAUUAAACAGGAAACCAAUAAUUGUAUUUUCGUUAUAGCAACUCUGCGUUUUUUAUGGCCUGGCCUAUGAUUGUCCUCAAAAUUGGCAAGCCAAAGAGUGCUCCAACAUCAUAAUCCAGGAUCCGAAGAUGGCAGACGAGAUCGGGGCUCUGGGAGCCUUGGUUCGAUGAACCAAUUAGAUCAAACAACUUACACCACACCACGCACACACACACACACACCUUGGCUGGGUGCAACAAUACAACACAGGGGAAGACUGGGAGAACAACAAAAAAGAAUUCUUUACGAGCUUCGCUCCGGUGCACGGUCAUCAAGUCAGCUCGUUCAACAUUCAAGAGGCAUCGAUGAUAAUAUUCAUUCAUUUGAUCAAACCGCCGACGAUGUCGACGCUGGAGAUGCAGACGACGAUGGAGACGACUUUCAUUAUGGGCCUGGGUCUCCAUUCCCCAUCUCCCCUUCCACCAGCCUUUGGAGCUUCAGACUCCGCACUCCCCACCAUCAUCAACCGCCUCCUUCUUCUGGGCGGCCGCCCAAAACGCAGUCGAAAAGCAAAGUCAGGAACGGCGGGGGAAAUACGAAAACAUAUUGCCAAAGUAGCAGCAACAGCAAAAGCAACUACGGCAACAUCAUCGGCCAACAACAGCAACACGAGCAAUCUCAACAGCAGCAUUAUGCAUCAUUACACCUCAAGAAAAAGGAUUGGACUGCAACAAAAAUUAAAAAUAUUUAUAAAUUAAAUAUGUUAAAAUACGAUGCCGAUCUCUGA